AUGCACUGCGAAGUCACUCAGACACACGUCAUCAGGGUGAAUGAGUCGACCACACAAAGGUGUUCAGUCACACAGACAGUUGUCAUCAGGGUGAAUGAGUCAGCCACACAGACACAUGUCAUCAGGGUGAAUGAGUCAGCCACACAGACACAUGUCAUCAGGGUGAAUGAGUCAGCCACACAGACACAUGUCAUCAGGGUGAAUGAGUCAGCCACACAGACACACGUCAUCAGGGUGAAUGAGUCCGCUUCACAGACACACGUCAUCAGGGUGAAUGAGUCAGCCACACAGACACUUGUCAUCAGGGUGAAUGAGUCGACCACACAGACACAUGUCAUCAGGGUGAAUGAGUCGACCACACAGACACAUGUCAUCAGGGUGAAUGAGUCGGCCACACAGACACAUGUCAUCAGGGUGAAUGAGUCAGCCACACAGACACAUGUCAGGGUGAAUGAGUCAGCCACACAGACACUUGUCAUCAGGGUGAAUGAGUCAGCCAAACAGACACUUGUCAUCAGGGUGAAUGAGUCAGCCACACAGACACAUGUCAUCAGGGUGAAUGAGUCAGCCAAACAGACACAUGUCAUCAGGGUGAAUGAGUCAGUCACACAGACAGUUGUCAUCAGGGUGAAUGAGUCGACCACACAGACACAUGUCAUCAGGGUGAAUGAGUCAGCCACACAGACACAUGUCAUCAGGGUGAAUGAGUCGGCCACACAGACACAUGUCAUCAGGGUGAAUGAGUCAGCCACACAGACACAUGUCAUCAGGGUGAAUGAGUCGACCACACAGACACAUGUCAUCAGGGUGAAUGAGUCAGCCACACAGACAGUUGUCAUCAGGGUGAAUGAGUCGACCACACAGACACGUCAUCAGGGAGAAUGA